AUGAAGAAGGUUAAGAAGACUAAGCCUUCUAAGGCUAAAGGUCAUUCAAAGCAAAAAAAUGUUAAAUUCGCAGAUUACGACGAGGAAAUAUCAGAAGAUGAUAUAGAUAUCGAUGAUUUCCCAAAUAAUAAUAAUGUAAAAAAUAAUAAAACUGGUAAAAAGAAUAAAAAACACGAAUGUGGUGAAUUAUGGCAUUAUAUUUACGAUAAUGAAUCUGAUAAUGAAGAUAACGAUAAUGAUUUAAUUGAUAGUCAAGAUAAAGAAAAUGAAAAGGAUAUUGAAAAUGAUGAGGAUGGUGAUAAAGUUGAUAGAAACGGAGUUAUGUAUGAUAGACUAGAAGAUAGUGUUGAUAUUUCAGGUAAUUUGCUUGAUUUCGACCAGGUUGAGGAGUUGAGCUCUUCAUAUGACUGGAUCACUAAGUCGAGAGAAUCAAAUGAGCAGUACAAGGCCCUGAUAAAAAAAUUCAAGCAAAUCGACAAAGAGGUGCCUCAAAUACUGACAUCAGAAUCGCAGUCGAGACUGAAGAGGAUUGAGAGAAAAGCUCAAUACGAGUCAACGAAACGAUUUUUAACUAAGAAAUGGGCGCCAAUAGUGAAAGAAAUUAGGAAGAGUGACAAUAUAGUAUAUGGUUCAGAACAUCGUUCAGAACCUACAGUUAGUACAAUUUGUACAAAUUUUGCGCCUGAAACUGAGCUUGAAAAGGAAUUAAACAGUGUAGGAGAUGAAUUGGAAACUAAGAUGGACAAUACAGCACUAGUAAGAGCUAUAAUUAGUAGAGAACAGAAGAAAAACAAACGUAUUAACCGAAUUAAGAGUAAGAGAUGGCAUAAAAGGCAGAAGCAGAGAGACUUGCAAAUGGCAGCUAAGCUUUUGGGUAAAAUAGAUGAUCCUGAACUAGCUACUGAGAUCAAAAAUACAUUUGAGCGUAAAAGAGCAGAGAAAAGGAUUUUGAGGAAGAAAGAAGCCCAGAGCAAGUGGGCUAAAAUGGCCUUAAGAUAUGGUGGAAAAGAUUUAUUACCACUGAUAACAUCACAACAAAAUGAUUUAAAACAAAAUUAUGAUUUAAUAGAUCAAACGAUUAAAGAAAAUGAAGAUGAUUCUUCAGAUCAAAACGAUGACGAUAGUGUUGAAGGAGAUGAUGAUCACAGUGUUGAUAAUGAGAAUGAGGAUAGUAUUCCACAGUACUACUGUACAGUUCAUUUGUAUAAUUGUUUAGUGCCAAUACCGAAUAAAGGAUUGUUUAAUUUAACAUUUAUGAAAAAUGCUAUACAAAAUCAAAGAGAACAACUUAAUAAUGAAGAUGAAAGUGUUGGAGAUUCGGAUCAGGAGGAUAAAGAUUCUGAGGUUAAGUCUGAUGAUGAAUUGGAUUAUAAAAUAUUGGUAAAUAACGAAGGAAUUGAAGUAGAUGAACAAAUUAACAAAUUCAACAACCUUAAAAAGGAUAAAGAUAUUAGUAAUAUUAAACUGGAAGAAAUUUAUGAUAAAGAAGAGUUGGAAAGGGAAGAAAAGGAACUGAUGAAGAUUAGUUAUAAGGACCAAUUUGAUUCAUUCAAACUUGAUCAAGAUAAGACAAGCGAAACAAUUAGAUCAGUUGGAUACACUCGGGCGAAUUUUACCUCACCUCUAAAUAAUACAAGCAAUAUACCUGCCGAGAAUAACAGACCUGAAACCACUAACAUAGUCGAUAAGAAUUUGAAUAAGAAGUUGAAUGUCGCAAAACGUUCAAAUAAUACAUCUAAGGAAAUAAGUGUAGAUAAGUGUGUAGAUAAAUUAGGAAAAGAUAAUGAACUGGAUAACUUGAUUAAUGAAUUGAAAGUUGAUGAAAAUGAAAAGAAUAAAGAAUUUGUGAAACAAAUGUUCAUUACAAGGCCUGAUGAAGAGGAUUAUUUAGAAGACGAAGAAGAUGAAGAGGAGAAAAAGAAAGUAACUAAUAUGGCAGGUUGGGGUUCAUGGACUGGUCAUAACAUAAUUAACGGUGAUAAUAAAUCUAAUAAUACUGAGAAUAAUGAGAGUAAGGUGAAAAAGAAAAGUAGAGUUAAGAUAAAUACUAAAAAAGAUCCGAAAUUAAGUAAAUACUAUAUACACAAGUUGGAGCAUCCUUAUACUAGUCGUAAUGAAUAUAAUUCUAAUAUGGAAAUACCAAUUGGUCCAGAAUGGAAUACACUUAAUAUGCAUCAAAAACUGAUUAAACCCAAAAAAAUGGUAAAAAUUGGAUCUGUGAUUAUGCCAUUGGGAUUGGAAAAAAUAUUAUCAAAAACCGAACUCAUGCUAGAUUAUAAUGUUUUACAAAAUAACAUAAUAUAUUAG